GCCACCGAAAGCCUAAGUAGAGGGCUCACUUGGGGGUUUUCCCACGCUUCACUCGUUCACUUGUAGCUCAUUGUACCUCGCUACUCCUCUCACCGCUAGCUUCCUUGCUGCAUUCUACCCUCCCUUGCCUCGCUCUCUGUUCCUCGUCGUCCACCACAGCAGCAGACCCAUCGCGAGUAUGACACACACGCCACGCCGAGCGGUGGCGGGAGUGUCAUGAUAAGAUAGCCCGCUUGUCGUUUUGGAGUCAUCUAGCCAGCAGCCAGCGCAUAACAUGACCCAGCUCAUCCGUGCACCGUAUCUCUCUCUGUUUCCACCCACAUCCGCGCUCGACGACACCAUGGCCAUUGAGAUCGCACCUCUUGCCAUCCCCGCCACCGCUGACGCCUCCAAGCUCGCAGGCUUUGGCGUAGAGAUCAAGGGCGUCAACCCCGGCGAAUUGACCCCCGAACAGUUCAAGGAAAUCGAGCAGCUUCUCUACAAUCAUGAUGUUUUGCUCUUCCGCGAUGUGGACCUCACGCCUGAGCAGCAGUACAGGCUCACAAAGGCCUUUGAUCCGACUUCGGAGAGCUAUGGACACGGAAAUAACAAGACGGAGAAAACCACGAAGUCUAUCCUUCAUCCGGAUCUCAAGACCAUCCCUCGCCAGCCCCAGGUCCAGCUCAUCGGAAAUGGCACCGUCUACAACCACGAGGGCCUCGCGGAGGCGAUGCUCAAGCACCCCUCUCACACUACCUUCCACAAGACGCAGGUUUCACGCGAGGACGAGGAGAAGGGCUACACACGCUUCUACCGCUGGCACAUCGACGCGGCGCUAUACGACCUGUCCCCGCCGAAGGUGACCACGCUGUAUGGGAUCAAGGUGCCCAAGGGCCACAAGCAGAUCUGCCGGUACGACGAUGGCACGGGCGACGAGCUGGAGGUCCCGUUGGGUACGACGGCGUUCGUGUCUGGCAAGCUCAUGUUCGAUCUCCUCCCUCCGGAGCUGAAGAGCCUGGCGGUGCGGAGCAAGGUCAAGUAUGCGCCCCACCCGUACGUGUGGAUGGCCCCAACGCACGCAAUGCCCACCGGGCUUGGUAUCGAAACGGAAGGACUCGAACUUCCUCUGGACCAACUUCCGCCAUGGGAAGAAUCGCGGAGGAAGACACUCCCUGUUGUUUGGAAGAACCCCGUUACAGGCAAUCUGCACUUCCAAGUCCACCCUUGCGGAGCUGCGGAACUACUUGUCGAUCCUCUUCCCGAGGGCGCGAACCACGAGGGCGCACUAUACCCAGAUGGUGCGCACAUCACCGACCUAGGCACAGUCCGUGCAUUGCUCUACAAAAUGCAGAGGCCUGCUAUCGCGCCUUCGCUUGUAUAUCCACAUGACUGGCAUGAGCGCGAUCUCGUCGUUUUCCAUAACCGCGGAGUCUUGCACUCGGUCGUCGGUGCGUUCAAGCCGCACCAGGUGCGGGCGUUCCAUCAGUGCAACCUGGCUGCCUCGGACGACCCUGCUGGGCCCACACCGGAGGAGGUCAAGAAAUACGCCUGAGCGUUCGGACGUUCAAUUGGCUGAACUCUGUGUGCCUACGCGUUUGGAACGUUGGAUUUGGUCUUUGGAUAGACUAGUUCUUCGGCGGAAUCUAAGUCGCGUCAACAUUGUGUACGCUAAUUCGGAAUGUUAUGAUCAGUGUUACAGCAUAUUGAGUACUCGCUAUCAUCCGACCUCCUCGUCCACGUGUCAUUCGCUGCGCGGUAUAUGAAUGACAGUUCU